AUGGCCGCCCGCGUCGAGGAGGAGCUCAUGCAGGUGCGCGUGAAGAUUUGUUUGUUGAUCAACCGGCUCUGCGUUCAUGUAGUUGUUGUUAUGAUGUUGCUCCUGGUGGCGGAGUUCCUCCGUGCACCCAGCCUGCAAUCGACGUUCUGCUUGCUUCAAUGUGUGGUUGCAUACCUGUCUCAUGCCCUGAUCUUCACGUACCCGCGGAUUGUGACAUCUUCGGUCCUUCGCCCUUUGCGGCUGUUCUUCUUUGCGCUCAUCUUGACGCUCAUCUUAGUGAGUGGCUCCAACGACAGUACGGACGAGAUUUUGGGGCGGCUGGGCUUUUGCCUGUCAGCACAAGUUAUUCAGGCGUUUGUUUUUCCCGUGGGUGCAAUGACAUUGGUGCAGUCCGUCUCCUAUGCCGCUGCCCACACCUGGGUGACAGGGCAGGUGUUCGGCGCUGUAAACCUGUGGCUGGUAAUUUUCCAAUUGUGCCUACAGGCAAUAAUCUGUAUCGCCCUCCCGAUCAUUUUCGAGUUCGCCGUUCGGGAGUGGAUUGUGGCAUCCUUCCAGUCGCAAGACUCAGACUCAAUGAUUGCGGGCUUUCGGCAGAUGCUGAAAGGGAUCUGUGAUGGAGAUUUGCUUCUGGACGGCAACUUCCAGAUCUGCGGGAGCGCGCCGUGCCUUCAACGGCUCUUGUCAAGUAGCGAGGACUUUGCUGGACACAGCUUUCGGGAGCUCAUCGUCGAUGAGGAGGCGAGGGCAAUGUUCGAUCUCUUCCUGGGAUCUGCCGCGGCCAAGGGCGACGGCGAAGAGGGCACCCAAGGUGGUGCCCCGCGGUGCCUGCGGGUGCCUCUGCGGGCCUUCUCGGGGCAGACGAUUUCGGUGGACGUUUUCCACGUCCCUUUGCCACCCAGUCUCUGCGGUGAGAGCACCACCUAUCACCUGCUUGCCCUGAAGGAGGAUGUGCAUUCCAGGCAGCUCCCAGAAGCGGAUCCGACGCACAAUGUUCUUCCCAGCAGCCUGCUGGCCUCCAGGCGCGCCCCGACAGCACGCUCUGCUGCAAGCAGUGCCGACGUCGUGGAAUGCUACGAGGAGCUGGUGGAGAUGACGCUGCUGGUGAAUGCCAGCACAGCACUGAUGGACAUCGAGGAGGCCCACCUGAGAUUCGAGCGCACGACCGACGACUCCAAGGUGCAGAUGGGGAUGCCCACGCUAAAGCGCUUUGCACGGCCACUGGACUGGGCCGGCAUCGACGCCGUCCUGCGCGGCUACGCGCGAACUGUGCAGAAGGCUUCGGCCCGCGGCCAGAAGGCGGUGGCGGAGGAGAAGCAGGCGUUGCCGGCGAUGACGCUGCGCCUGCCCGGCGAGUCACGGAAGCACCUCCGAUCAAGGCAUGUGUCCAUCAGCUCCCCCUUCCCGCGCGAGAACGCCACUGACGAUGUCUUCCUUUUUUUGCAUCUGACGCUUGGCGGUUUGAGGUCGCAUGUCGAGGCAGAAGCACAAGCCUCCAAGUCAAAUCAUGGAGAAAACUCGGCUGUUUUGGCCUGUAUCAGAGACCCCCCCCCCCCAGUUUUGCCGCAUGGUGUUGGGUCUAUAAGAAUGGCGCAGCAGCUACAGCACUCUGAUCAUGCUAUGGGUGCUAGCGAUGUUACCUGUGACUUGCAACUCGCAUGA